GCUGAGGGGGGAAGGCAUAGCCACAGUCAGUGGUGAUCAGAGCUGAGAGCAUUGCAGCUGUUGGUCUAAAACUGAAAAUAAAACUGUUAUAAUCAAGCUAGAAGACGCCUAAAACUCCUCAGCAGCACACUUUAGUUCACUAAUCAGAACUGCAAGGAACUGGUUUGACUUUCACAGAGGCCAAGAAGAGAGAUUAGAGAGACAGAGGAGGGCGUGAACAGGAAAACAGCCGAGGAGGAAAGCUGCUGCUGCAAGGGGAGGAAGAGGAGGCUAUGCACCAGCCAAAGCCAGAGGUCAAGAAAAAAAGUCAAAGAAUAGUAAAAAGGUAGACUCUAAGUGAAAGAAAGGUCAUUUGUGAUCUGAGCCAGAAAAGCAGAAAUCAGCCUCUCUUUGUUGCUGUGUGGGACACCGUGCGGGGAGGAGGAUGUGAAGGAGAGCAGCAUGGGGAAGAAAGGCAACUGCAAGAAAGACAAGAAAAUGCUGUCAAUGAUGUGCAGGAGGAGCUACCAUCAGCAGCAGCAUGAUGGAAAAGAGGCUCGACAGAGGGACGCUGCCAGUAGGUGGCACGGCUGGUCCAAGAGCUGCAGGGGAUGCAUGAAGGGGCGAAGGACAAGAGGGGGAGGGCGGCUGAGAGGGCGAAAUCACCGCCACCAACACCCUCAACGUUAUCAUCCUCAUUACCAUCAUCCCCGACACCUCCAGAUUCCUGUGUUGUCCUUACGGCCCAUUAAUGUUAAGGGAAACACAGCAAGGGGCAUGCGCGCCCCCAAGAACACCAACCAGUUUCUGAUGCAUGAGAAGUACCAGAUGCUGCACAUGCGCUCCGACUCAGUGGGGAGCGACAGCGGCAGCGACGUGGAGCUCACCGACAUGGAUUCAUACCUGGGCGUCCUGGAAAAUGCCAGAGGAGCCCUCCUGGACAGUCCCAACCCACACGGCUCAACAUCGCCGCCAGGACAAAUCGUGGAACCACACAAGGACAGUCUGCGUCUGCAGGAGGACAGUAUGCAGUAUUUCCCCUCUGAAGAUGACCUAUUGCAGACCCAGAAUUUCAUGCAGAGGGACUUCAUUGAGUUCUGUGACAUCCUCACAUCCUGAAGGCAAACUUUGAGGAAGCCAUUUUGUUCUCAACAGUGUGAGCCUGAAACAGGGUCAGGUUUGUUCUGCUUUAUGUUGACGGAAAUUGUUUAAGUGUAAUUUUCUUAAUCUUAGUGCAGUCGUCUGCCUUAGUCAGUUUUGCACUACUGGCACUGACGUGUAGAGAACAACAAAGGAAACUACAAUGAGAACAGUGAAUCUAUCUCACCCUGUUGGCAUAAUUACUUCAGCUGAAUACAUUGCUAAGACAGAUCUUUACAAAAUGUUUUUUUCCAGUUAAUUUUUGGUCAUGUAAAGUGUUUCUGGGUGUGCUGCCUUUCUGAUGUUGUUUUUGCGCAUAGAGGGAGCUGGGCUGAGUGGUGGGAGUGAGCCCAAACAGCCAAUCUACAUUAAGAUGACUGAAUAAACCUGCAGAUGAUUGGCUGAUGCAGACUGUCAACAACAACAAAAGCAUGUUAGUGUACAGAAUAAAAAACAAACAAAUAAAUAUCAGAGUGAUGUAA